GAAACAGGAAAUACAUUUAUACGGAAGUAGAGGAAGAAAUGGACACGGAUCAGUCGAAUAAAAAUGUUUCUAAGCUGAGUGAGCUGUGACUUAUAUCGAAAACAAGUUUCUCUGGGGAGAGAGAGAGAGGGACCACUGCCUCUAAAACAAGUCACAUCUGGGGAGAGAGAGAGGGACCACUGCCUCUAAAAUGAGUCUGUCUGGGGAGAGCGAGGAGAGAGGCACUGCCUCUAAGAGGAAGUAUUCUGAGAGUGAAGAGAGGGCCAAUGCCUCUAAAAAUAGUUUGCCUCAAGACACCAGUUCUACGAGAGACCAUGGUGGAGAGUGUUGUAUCAAACCUGGACCUGAGAACACCAGAAACCAUGGUGGAGAGAGUUGUAUCAAGCCUGGACCUGAGGACACCAGAGACCGUGGAGGAGAGAGUUGUAUCAAGCCUGGACCUGAGGACACCAGAGACCAUGGUGGAGAGAGUUGUAUCAAGCCUGGACCUGAGGACACCAGAGACCAUGGUGGAGAGAGUUGUAUCAAGCCUGGACCUGAGAAAUGGAUUCCUCAGAGCUGUAAGACUUGUGACCAUGUUGAGGACUCCACACACUGGCUUCAGAUUGAACCCUUGACUUCCACUGUCCAGGGAGUGACAAUGUUCAGGCACAGGACACCCAAAGGGAGUUAUGAGUGCACAGUGUCUGGGCUCCGCUGGCUGUGUGAGAGAGAUGUCAUUCUGAAGUAUCACUUCAGGAACUGGGAACCCUACAGUCAACUUCUGAAAGACAUGCAGUACACACAAGGUGGUCCAUUGCUGGACAUCACUAUGGAGUUAGGUGAACUGGAGGAAGUUCAUCUGCCACACUUUGUCUGUUUAGGGACCAACCCUUCCCUGAGGAAUGAGAUGAAGAUUCUUCAUGUAGAGGAACAUGGAGUGUCUUUAGAGGAAGUGCAUGAGGUCACCAGAUUCCAUGUUAAGAUUCUCCAUCCCAAGUCCUCAUCGGUCUCUGUUGUACUGAACAAAAUCGCCUGUUGGAACGUAGAUGUCCACUGUGACGUGAUCCUCUAUUUGGCAGUAAAAGGUCAACAGUAAUUUCAAGGCUGUACCUGCUCCUCAGAAACUCCAGUCAGAAAGAGGCUGUUCAGGACCGGGAGAAAAAUCAGCUGUCCCAAGGAUAUUCUGAAUUUCUCCUGUCAAGUCCAAACGGGUCCUUAAAGCUGAACAAUUGGUUUGCACUCAAGAAUCCCCUCUCCACCUCCAUCAAUCCAGAG